AUGAUUUUGGUCAAGGCGGCCGAAAUUCAUGAUGAGAUCGAGGAAUUAAAAAAACAAUGGUCUAUGUUCUAUUGCUCGGUUCCUGAUCCUCCAAAAUUUGUUGUUGGAUUGGAGGGGCCGCUGGACCACCUAAAGAAAAUGCUAUUAGGGGAAGGAGUAUCUGUUGCGGUCUUAUCUGCACCUGAAGGUUAUGGAAAGAGCACAUUGGCUAAAAAAUUCUGUCGAGAAAAAGAAGCUGAAGAAAAGUUUAAGGACAACAUCUCGUUUGUCAUAGUCUCAAAAAAGCCAAGCCUGAAGGUUAUUGCACGGAGAUUAUUGCUGCAUAAAGGAAAUUCAAAUGUGCCUGAAUUUGAAAGCGAUGAAGAGGCAGUUCAUUGCUUGGAACAAUUUAUGAAGAAAAUAGGAAAUGAUCCCAUAUUGCUGGUCCUGGAUCAUGUUUGGCCUGAAUCCCAAUCCCUCAUUGAUAAAUUGAAGUUCGAGAUUCCCAAUUACAAGGUUUUGGUUAUCAUCUACAUCUCUAUCCUAGCUGACCACAGCUCUUACACUCCUCCUGAUGAUCUUGUGGAUAAGGUACUUUCUCAGCAUUCUAUGACAUGCACAAUACUUGAGAUGGUGAAAGCCUGCUGUGGGGUUCCGCUAGCCCUUACAGUUAUUGGCCGAUCACUCUGUGGGCAGCCUGCUGCAACCUGGCAAAAUAGAGCCAUGGAAUUGUCUAAAGGCGACCCUAUAUUUGAAUCAAACCCUGAUCUGCAUAAUUAUGUCCAAAAAAGCUUGGAGGUAUUGGAUGAUAAGGUUGGUGUGAAGGAGUGUUACAUGGACUUAGGCCAACGGAUUCCUGCCAAUGCGCUCAUUGAUAUGUGGGUUGAACUGUAUGGUCUAGAUGAUGAAGGUAUAGAUUCCAUUGCCAGGUUACAUGAACUUGACACCCUGAAUCUGGUUGAUCUUGAAGUGCCAAGGAAAGAUGCGACUGAAAUUGAUGGCUACUACGAUGACCACUUUGUCAUGCAACAUGAUCUUCUUCGCCAAAUGGUCAUCCACCAAUGCAGCUCGGAGCUUCCUGAACAGAGGAAAAGACUAAUUGUGGACUCCAACUUGCAAGCAACCGAAGUGGAGGCUCUAGUUCUGAACUGUCGCACAAAGAACUACAAGUUACCUGAGUUCAUGGAGAAAAUGGAUAAACUAAAGGCUUUUAGCAACAUUGAUGAGCAGUUAUCAAGUGCAUUUCCAAACCUGUCGGAGAUCAACAUUGACAGUUGCACUGACCUGACGAAUCUGCCAGUUUGGUUUUGUGAUCUUGUCCACCUAAAGAAACUCAGUAUCAACAGCUGUAGGAAGCUCUCAGAACUGCCCCAGGAAAUUGGAAAGCUGGUGAACUUAGAGGUGCUAAGGCUUUGUUUCUGUGUUGGAUUAGUAAAGCUACCAGAGACUAUUAAGAACUUAUCCAAGCUCAGCAUUCUUGACAAAUCCGACUGUGCAAGCAUUGUGGAGUUGCCAACAGAGAUUGGAGACUUGCAUAAAUUAAGAAAGCUCCACAUGAACGGUUGUUCAAAUAUUUCCAAGUUACCACCAACAGUUGAGAGUUUAAAAAGCCUACAGGAUGUGAUAUGCGACAAAAAAGAUGCCACUUUGUGGCAAACUUUCAAGCCAUCUCUGGAAAGACUGAAGAUAAAGGUGACGGAAGUGUUGGAAUAUGCUAGAGUUUAA